GCCGCUGCACCAGGAAGUGUGCGCGCGCGACAUUGAGAAGCCGUGAUGUACAGGAGAGCGGUGUGUUCUCUCUAUCAGGCCAGAACCGCGUUAAAGCACGCGCACGAGCCCAGACUGCGUCUGCGGAAAUGUGUGGAUAAAACUUCCGGUUCCGGUUCGGGGGCUCCGUAUCCAGUACACCCCCGUGCGUUUGGGUCGAGCGGAGCGAGUCGGUGUGAGCAGAAGACAGAUGGGGGGAGGACAGAGGAGCCUGGAAAAAAGGACGAUGCCGAGGAAGAGAAGAGCGACCGACCCGUAGCGAAGGAAGCGUGUAAAGAUGCAGGAGAAACAGGAGAGACCGGACACGAGACCGCCAGUCAGAACCCGGCUGAAACACCAGCGUCUGAGCAGAAGGUGGACGAGAGGACGGGGAAGCAGGGUCUGCUGGAGCUGCUGGGGGCCAUGAAGGUGGACACAACGACCAAAGCCAAGCUGAAGUCUCUCAGGAAGGGGACGAGUGGACCGGACGGAGCGCUGAAGCAGAAGAAGGUGGUGAUGGAGAGCACAAGCAGCAUGUUUCAGCAAGCUACAACUUCACAGAGUGAGUCUCUGAGCCCUGAGCUGGUCGCCGCUGCCUCCGCUGCUGCCGCCACGCUUCCUGAUCGCUCUCGAGCCGAAUCUGAGCUUCUGAAGCAGCUGCGCAAACACGAAGCCGAGAGACGAGACGAGACACCAGACAUUGGGAACAUCAUCGCUGAUAUGAAGGUGGGGAAGAAGCCAGUCGGAAGACAGAACAGCUGGCCGGCCAACCAGAUCCGGUUUGAUGAUGAUGGGCGGGGCUAUACGCACGACCGCGGAAUUACGGGAGAGCUGGCUGAGAUCCGCAGGAGGAAUUCUGCUUUUACUGCAAAGAGGCUGAACAUCUUCAGUGCUUCCGAUCAGGACACACACACCCAUUUGAGCCCCUCCCUCUGGGACGCUGAUUUAGCCAAUCAGAUUUCCCGGGUGGUGAAUCAGCGACCUCGUAACGGGUUUGAGGAAAUGGUCCAGUGGACGAGGGAGGGGAAGCUCUGGGACUAUCCCAUUAACAACGAGGCGGGCAUGGAGGAGGAAGCGAAGGUGCCGUUUCACGAGCACGUCUUCCUGCAGCGCCACCUAGAGGACGGUUUCCCUCAGCACGGCCCCGUCAGACACUUCAUGGAACUGGUCGUCACCGGAUUGUCCAAGAACCACCACCUCGGCGUUACUCGGAAACUGGAGCACAUCGCCUGGUUCAGAAACUACUUCCUGCAGAAACAGGAAAUCCUCGGUGAGGCCGAGGCCUGAGCCGCGUAGCGAUCAGGGAGACAUCACGCAUAACCUGUUCACACUGCGCUCACCUACACACCUGUACAAAACUAAAGAACUUCAACAGGGGAGGGCAGAUUUAUUUAUCUGGAGGGUCUCUUUACUGUCACCGUGUGUGAAAGGAAAUUACUGGCGGUGGUUCAUAGCAGAGUGCAUGCGCACACACACACACCUCAUCAAGACAAUCUUAUUUCUGUGUGUGUAGAAUCAAGUUUCUGUCCAAUGUCUGCAUAUUAAGUUGUAAUUUAACCUACACCUGUGUGUGCGCGUGUUCUGCUCCUUCACUCAUUAAAGGGAUUGUCUGAGA